GAGACUACGUUACGAAGAAGAAGAAAGCCUACCCGGAAAAACCUAAGCAACUUUUUCGUGUAGUAAUGGCGGCAUAGUUCAAACUUACUUUUAGGACAUUUUCAUCCUUUUGAGCAUUGUUUUAUGAAAUAAAUCUGGUGGUGUCUUGACAUGCAGUCUGUCAAUGAGACUCACCCGCUUUUCGGAGGCGCGUUCUCGGCUGUUAUCCCUCAAAGCGCCGCGGACGUCAGCAAGCUCCGAGAGAUCCCGGACAAUCAGGAGGUGUUCGCCCACGCUCACACCGACCAGAGCCUGAUUGUGGAGCUGCUGGAGUACCAAGCCCAUGUAGGGGACGAGGAGGCAGCCCGGUAUCACUUUGAGGACAUCGCGUGCAGCAAUGCCGCCUCACAGCCUGAGGCACAGGAGGUGACCAGUGUGGUCCCGUUACCCAAAUCCGAGCUCUCCCUGUCGGUGUGCACCUCCGCGUGGUUGCUCACUGGGACCCAGUGUGUUUCCAAGUACAACGAAGAGGCGAGGAAUAGGGUGAGGAUCCACCUGGGUGUGUUCCGUCUUCCACAGUUCGACACAGAAGUUCUGGUGACGUUCAACGACCCGCAGAGGAUUAGCCCCGAAAGCAGCAGUGCAGUGGCUGGUGGCUCUGGUGGAGAACCGUGGACUGUGGACGACUUUCAGCAUCUGCUGCGGUCCUUGACUCUGCACAACCCGGAACUGUUCGGUUAGAACUUGCAGGUGACACCGACUUCGAAUCCUCCAUCAUGCAACAAAAAGGCUCAAAUUCACUUUAUUAACUAAAAUAAAAUGCAUGGUCUCUCAACAUAAGUGUCCCAGGAUUUAUGUGACUGAUACGUUAGACAAUUGUUCCAGCUUUGUCACAUUUUUACUUGCACAAAGUUGUUUUAAUUGACGUUUGCUAGUUAGCGGACACAAGUAUGCAAAAAAACCCCGACUUCACUCUUUUCCAUAAAACCUUUCCGGGGUGUGCAGAAUCAUAACAUUUUGAUGCAGAUCUGGAUAAAGGUGCAUCCAGCUGCAGGGUUUUUUUCCCCCAACUUUUGUUUACAUUGCAGGAUAGGAAAUUUUUGACGUUUGUUUUCAUCGCCAUUUCCUAAGUAGUGAAAGAACUAUGUAAAUCAUUUCUGUGAGAGUUUUUGGCAGUGUGGGGAAUUGGCAAAUAAAGGAAUCAUCACAUUUGGAUGCAGAUGUAGGACUGUUUAUAUUGCAAGAUAAGACAUGUUUCAAGUUUGUUUUUAUUGUGUUUUCCGAGUUAGGAGACGUAACAAUGCAAAAAACGAUCAAUGUAAUUUCCCUGAAAGCUUUUGAAGGUGUGGCGAAUGUUUAUGUUAAGAAAUCAUGACAUUUUGAUGCAGAUCUGAAUAAAGGUGCAAGCAUGCAAAUGUAAGAUUGUUUACAUUGCAAGAUAGGACAUUUAAAAA